GGUCUCUAGUCUUUUUGAUUGCCGCUUUGCCAACAUUACGUUGCAUUACGUUUUGCAACGUUUUGUUGACUAAAAUUUUAAUGAUUACAAACGAAAAUAGUAUUAAUAAUUUGUGAAUGGUGAACAACAAGUUUAAAAUAAAUUAACAACAAAAUAAAAUACUCUACUUGAGUUAACAUUAUCACAAUGGACGCAGACCUUUAUGAUGAAUUUGGUAAUUAUAUUGGACCUGAUCUAGCAUCAGACAGUGAAGAUGAAAAUGAGUAUGGAAAUACCGGUGAUGAUGCUGAGGAUCAAGACAGAUCUGAUGAAGAAAUGGAAGAGGAUAAAGAUGAACAACGUGAUAAUAAUGAACAACAAUCAAUGGCAGUUGUUCUUCAUGAAGAUAAACGUUAUUAUCCAAGUGCUCUUGAAGUUUAUGGUCCCGAUGUAGAGACUCUGGUACAAGAAGAAGAUACUGAUCCAUUGGAUAAACCACUUGUAGAACCAACAAGAAAAUUAAAAUUUCAAAUAAAACAAGAAUUACCAGAAACAACAUACAACAUGGAAUUUCUUGCUGAUAUGAUGGAUGCACCACAUUUAAUACGUAAUGUUGUAUUACUUGGUCAUUUACAUCAUGGUAAAACAACACUUGUUGAUUGUCUUGUACGUCAAACACAUCCAUAUGUUCACAGUCAAAAUGAUGAAAAACCUUUACGUUGGACUGAUACUCUAUUUACUGAACAACAACGUGGUGUAUCAACAAAAGCAACACCAGUUACUUUACUGCUACAAGAUGUCAAAUCAAAAUCAUAUUUAUUAAAUAUAUUUGAUACACCUGGACAUGUAAAUUUUUCUGAUGAAGCAACAGCAGCAAUACGUUUAUCAGAUGGUGCAAUACUUGUUGUUGAUGCUGCUGAAGGUGUUAUGUUAAAUACUGAAAGACUUCUUAAACAUGCCAUACAAGAAAAACUAGCAUUAACUGUAUGUAUUAAUAAAAUUGAUCGUUUAAUACUUGAGCUAAAACUACCACCACAAGAUGCAUAUUAUAAACUUCGUCAUAUUAUUGAAGAAGUUAAUGCUCUUAUUGCAUUAUAUUCAGAUGAUGAAAAUCCAAAAUUUGUAUCACCAGCACUUGGUAAUGUUUGUUUUGCAAGCUCAGAAUAUAAUGUUUGUUUUACAUUAAAAUCAUUUGCUGCAUUAUAUUCACGUGAUCAUCCAUCAUUAAAUCCAACUGAAUUUUCAAAAAGAUUAUGGGGUGAUGUUUAUUUUAAUUCAAAAACAAGAAAAUUCACUAAAAAACCACCACAUAAUACAGCACAAAGGAGUUUUAUUGAAUUUAUAUUAGAGCCAAUAUAUAAAAUAUUUGCACAAGUUGUUGGUGAUGUUGAUAGUACAUUACCAGAUGUAUUGGAUGAAUUGGGUAUACGUAUGACAGCUGAAGAAAUGAAAAUGAAUAUAAGACCAUUAUUACGUCUUGUUUGUACAAGAUUUUUGGGUGAUUUAUGUGGUAUUGUUGAUAUGUGUGUUGAUCAUAUACCAAGUCCACAAACAAAUGCAGCAACUAAAGUACAACAUGUUUAUACUGGACCAAUGGAUUCAUCAAUUGCUCAAGAUAUGAUAAAUUGUGAUCCAGAUGGUAGACUUAUGAUUCAUACAUCAAAAAUGUAUCCAACAGAGGAUUGUUCAUUAUUUAUGGUACUUGGACGUGUUAUGUCUGGUACAAUUGAUGCUGGACAAAAAAUACGUGUACUUGGUGAAGCAUAUACACGUGCUGAUGAAGAAGAUUCACGUGAUUUAACUGUUGGUAGAUUAUGGAUUAGUGAAGCAAGAUAUUCAGUAGAAUUAACACGUGUACCAGCUGGUAAUUGGGUAUUAAUUGAGGGUAUUGAUAGACAUAUUGUUAAAACAAGUACAAUAACUGAUGUUAUUAAUAAUACAGAUGAUGAUGAAUUACAUAUAUUUAGACCAUUAAAAUUUAAUACACAAAGUGUUAUUAAAAUAGCUGUUGAACCAGUUAAUCCAUCUGAAUUACCAAAAAUGUUGGAUGGUUUAAGAAAAGUUAAUAAAAGUUAUCCAUUAUUAGGUACAAAAGUUGAAGAAAGUGGUGAACAUGUUAUACUUGGUACUGGUGAAUUAUAUCUUGAUUGUGCAAUGCAUGAUUUACGUAGAAUGUAUUCAGAAAUUGAUAUUAAAGUUGCUGAUCCAGUUGUUGCAUUUGCUGAGACAGUUGUUGAAACAAGUUCAUUAAAAUGUUUUGCUGAAACACCAAAUAAACGUAAUAAAUUAACAAUGAUUGCUGAGCCACUUGAACGUGGUCUUGCUGAAGAUAUUGAAGCUGAAAAUGUACGUAUAACAUGGAAUAAAAAAAGACUUGGUGAAUUUUUUCAAACAAAAUAUGAUUGGGAUUUAUUAGCAGCACGUAGUAUAUGGGCAUUUGGUCCAGAUUCAACUGGACCAAAUAUACUUGUUGAUGAUACAUUACCAUCUGAAGUUGAUAAAACAUUAUUAGGUAGUACUAAAGAUGCAAUUGUACAUGGUUUUCAAUGGGGUACACGUGAAGGACCAUUAUGUGAAGAACCAAUACGUAAUGUUAAAUUUAAAAUACUUGAUGCUGUUAUUGCACAAGAACCAUUACAUCGUAGUAGUGGACAAAUAAUACCAACAGCAAGACGUGUUGCAUAUUCAGCAUUUUUAAUGGCAACACCACGUUUAAUGGAACCAUAUUUAUUUGUUGAAGUACAAGCACCAGCUGAUUGUGUAUCUGCUGUUUAUACUGUACUUGCUAAACGUCGUGGACAUGUUACACAAGAUGCACCAGUACCAGGUAGUCCAUUGUAUACUAUUAAAGCAUUUAUACCAGCAAUUGAUAGUUUUGGAUUUGAAACUGAUUUACGUACACAUACACAAGGACAAGCUAUUUGUUUAUCUGUAUUUCAUCAUUGGCAAAUUGUACCUGGUGAUCCACUUGAUAAAACAAUUACAAUUAGACCACUUGAACCACAACCAGCAACACAUUUAGCACGUGAAUUUAUGCUUAAAACAAGAAGAAGAAAAGGUUUAUCUGAGGAUGUAUCAAUUAAUAAAUUUUUCGAUGAUCCUAUGUUGCUUGAAUUGGCACGUCAAGAUGUACUUCUUAAUUACCAACUUUAAGAUUUUUUUAUUUUUCAUAUAAUUAAUUUUUCAAUGAUUUAAAUUAGCUGUAUAAAUUUGUGUAUCUUUUUUCUUUUUCAACAAAAAUAUAAAUGGAAAAAAAAUUUCAA